AUGGUAAGUUAAUUUUUCUACCUUUCUAAAUUGAAAAAAUGCUCUUAAGUCUAUAUAAUGUUAGUGCAAGACGAUAUUGUUUUAGUUUGGCCUAAUACACGACAGUAUUCGACAACUUUUCAUUAAAACGUAUGGAGAAGAGUUUUGGAAAAAGGCUAUGUAAGUCGACCAAUAUAGUUUAUAUGAGGGUGUCAAUUAUUGCCUAAAUUGAAAAUCAGUUUGACGAGUUGAGUUUUUCAAAUUUCAUUUUAGGCUCCAAGCAGGCUUCGAAUCAGGCAAAGAAAAUAUCGUCAAUCAUUACUACCCUGACUCAGACACUUACGCUAUUGUUGAUGCUGUAAGUGCUCUAGCAAGUAAGUGAUCAUUCUUUUUAAUACUUAAGCCUAAGCCUAAGUUUAAGCUUAAGCCUAAGCCUAAGCCUAAUCCUAAGCCCAAGCCCAAGCCUAAGCCUAAGCCUAAGCCUAAGCCUAAGCCUAAGCCUAAGCCUAAGCCUAAGCCUAAGCCUAAGCCUAAGCCUAAGCCUAAGCCUAAGCCUAAGCCUAAGCCUAAGACUAAGCCUAAGCCUAAGCCUAAGUUAAAACUUAAACUUAAGCCUAAGCCUAAGUUUAAGCCUAAGCCUAAGCCUAAGUCUCAGCCUAAGCUUAAGCCUCAGCCUAAGCUCAGAUUUAACCUAAUUCUAAGUCUUGCCUUUAAUCGAAAACUGACCUCUUAAUCUCAAGGCUAGUUUUACCGCAAUGAUUUCAUAAUAUUCAAUAAUAAAAAUUCAGUAGCUUAUCGUUAAUUAAUCCUUGUUUUGUUCCAGAGAUCACACGCGAAGAUGUCUGGGAGAUGUAUGGAAUACAACUCAUUGCAUACACAAUGGAGUUGGGCUGGGACGAGUUGAUGCGUUACUUGAGCCCGGAUUUGAAGGUAAAAUACGCAGCGUUUAAUGUUGUUAAUCUUAGGGCAAAAGCUAAAGAUAAGCCUAAAACUAAGCCUAAGGAUUAAAAAUCAACCAAAUUUCUUAAGCUUUAAAAAAUGAAUGGUAAGUGGAAGAUUUUUAGUGCAAAAUGCAUUGCAAAUCUUCAACUUGACUUUGGCUUUUUAAACAUUUGCAUUUUUUGUUUUGUAAAGAAAGUUCUUGCUAUUUUUUGUUUUUUUGUUUUGUAAAGAAAGUUCUUGCCAUUUUGUGUUUUGUAAAGAAAGUUCUUGCCAUUUUGUGUUUUGUAAAGAAAGUUCUUGCCAUUUUUCGUUUUGUAAAGAAAGUCCUUGUCAUUUUUGUUUUGUAAAGAAAGUUUUUGUCAUUUUUUGUUUUGUAAAGAAAGUUUUUGUCAUUUCAUCCUAAAAUUUCAGACCUUUCUGAACAAUCUCGACUCUCUCCACUACUUUAUCGACCAUGUUGUCUACAAGGCCAACCUCCGAGGCCCAUCGUUCCGUUGCGAAGAGAACGACGAUGACACAAUCACAUUACAUUACUUUACUGGUCGUGCUGGACUCUACCCUAUUGUUAAAGGGGUGAUAAGAGAAGUGGCAAGAAGAAUAUUCAAUAUAGAGGUCACAAUGACAGUCAGUGGACGAACCCAGAGGAGUGUUCAAGUGGCUAGCGGGGAGAGGAUUGAGGAACAUGUGGUUUUUAUUAUUAAGGUAAGUCAUAUUAUGUUAACUAUAGUCAUUUACUAUUUUUAAAUACUGAGGUAAAGGCCAAAAUGCCAAAUUUGGUUACAAAAAAGUACUUUUUUGGGUCCCACCACGAAAACUUGAUCAUUUUUGGCAUGGUUUUUUAGUCGUUUUACUCAAAUUUAAUUCUAAGUGUGAUUAUAAGAUUAUGUCUGCUCAUAAAUGUAAGCUUAAGUUUAAGCCGAAUCCUAAGUCUAAGCCUAAGCCUAAGUUUAAGCCUAAGCCUAAGCCUAAGCUUAAGCUUAAGCCUAAUCUUAAGCCUCAGCUUAAGCCUAAGUCUAAACCUAAGCCUAAACCUAAACCUAAUCCUAAACCUUAACCUAAAUCUAAACCUAAGCUUAAGCCUAAGCCUAUAAAUAAGCUUGAGCCUUAGCCUAAACAUAAGUUUGAAUAUUGAUCCUAAGCUUUAUUUUGAGCCUAAGCCUGAACUUAAGCCCAAACAAGUUGAGUUAAAGCGGGAAAAAGGACCACGUUUAACCUUAAGCCUAAGCGUAAUCUAGAUCCAGCUUACAAAUUGUUAGAUUUAACUUUGUUAAUCCUGAAAUGAAUAAACAUGUUUUCAGCAAGUAACGCCAGGAUCCGAGUCACAAACCUCAGCUCGGUCACUAACUGGUUACAAUGUCGUUCAACCUCAAAUUGAAAUCAGCACUGAUUGGGAUUUAAAGAUUACUCAAACAGACUUUGUCAAUCUACUACCGUAUCACUUCGUCAUGGAUCGAGAUUGCAAAUUGUUACAGAUUGGGAAGGCAUUAGCGUAAGGUUUGAGGUUUUGUAGCUGCCUUGCCCUACCUGAAGUUAUUUUUUAAAAUAUUAACUUUAGAGGUCACAUAACCCCAGACCUACUACAAUACCUGACUCCAGUAGUGAGGAUCUUCGAAAUUCAUCGGCCUCAGAUCCCGUUGGAUUUUGAAAAUAUUUGCAAUUUCAUCAAUGGAGUGUUUGUGCUACAAGUCAGAACGUCACCGCUCUCGAUUAGUCAGAAUCAAACUGGAAAGUAAGUUUCUUCUGUUUUCUCACACUUUUUCUAUAUUUUCUUUUGUUACUUCUUUAUUAGGUUUGCAUCGUUUUAGGCUUACUUGUGAAAUUUUUUACGUUUACCUUACUUUAGGCUUACGUAAUAACUUUUUAGGCAUAGCUUAAGGCUUAAUUUUAGGCCUACCUUUUUUGAUUUUACUAUAGACUCAAAAAGCUUUAGGCUUACUUUUCAUUGUUUAUGAGGCAUCAACCUGAUUUUAAGCCUAAGUUUGUACCUAAGCUUAAACCUAAGGCUAAGUCUAAGCUUAAGCUUAAAGUAAGGAUAAGCCUGAGUUAGAGCUUAAGCCUAAGCCUAAGUUUAAGCUUAAUCUUAAGUCUAAGCCUAAGCCUAAGGUAAGCCUAAGCCUAAGACUAAGCUUAAGCCUAAGCCUAAGCCUAAGCCUAAGCCUAAGACUAAGCCUAAGCCUAAGCUUAAGCCUAAACCUAAGCCUAAGCCUAAGGCAUAUCUUCCCUUACACUGGUCACUCAUUUCAGGGAAGGCGACGAGCUCCAAGCCCAACAUCUAAAACUGAAAGGCCAAAUGAUGUUGAUGUCAGGGAAUGACAAAAUCAUCUACCUUUGCUCACCCUAUGUCACCAGCAUCCCUGAACUACUACAAUAUGGUCUACGGCUUAGUGCGAUGCCAUUACACGAUGCGACAAGAGACUUGAUUCUACUGAAUCAACAGAGAUUGAGCGAUGUUGAGGCAAAGUAAGUUGGACUUAAAAAUUAAAAAUUUUUUAUUAAAUUUUAUCGACCGGUCGAUUUUCAAAAAUUUCUUAUUUUUAUGUUUUUAAGGUGAAAAAGUGUAUAUCGACUGGUUGAUAGUCAAAAAAUGUUAAUUUUAUAUAUUUCUUAUUUAUCGACCGGUCAAUUUUUAAAAAUUUUUUAGUUUAUGAUUUUAAGCUUAAAAAAGUGCUUAUCGACUGGUUGAUAAUUAAAAAACGUUAUUUUAAUAUUUUUAAAGUUUACCGACCGGUCGAUUUUUGUAAUCAAGAAAUUUAGAUUUAAUACUUUUUUUAAUUUAUCGACCGGUCGAUUUUUAUUUUAACAAAUUUUGAAAAAUUUUAAAUUACAUUAGCCUUAAGGCAUUAAUAAGAUUUAAAAUAUUUUUAGUUUACAACUAGAAGCUAAUAAUGAAAAACUAGAAGUAAUGGCCAAGGAACUAGAACAUGAAAAGCAAAAGACAGAUGAAUUGCUAAAGGAAGUGUUACCUGCUUCUGUGGCCGAACAACUUAUGAAUGGCUCAGCAGUAGAUGCCAAAGAGUUUCAAGCGGUUACAGUAAUGUUCACUGAUGUUCCUGGCUUCCAAAAUGUUGUAGCUUUGUGUAAACCAACUCAGAUUGUGUCAAUGUUAAACGACCUUUUUACAAAAUGCGACCGGUUGGUCACUAUGCAUGAGUUAAGUCUUACUAUAGAUUGA